GGUGAUGUUAGGUCAAUGUUAUUGUGAAUUAUAAUGGCCACCGUGUCUUUCUUUUUGUGCUGAACAAUUUGUCCUGAAACGCAUUCUGCGACCAUGGGGAACUGUUUGAAAGCCCAUAAUAACGAUGAUAUUUCUCUUUUACGUGGAAAUGAAUCUUCAGAUGUCCUUGAACAACCAAGCGGACCCCCACCACCGUAUCAUCACGAACCCAGUCAGAGGGCUCAGCUGUAUUACCCAAGUCCCAAUGUGAGUCGCCCAGCCAACCAGCUCACAGAAGAAGAGCAGAUCAAGAUUGCCAAGCGACUGGGACUUAUCAGUCACUUGCCUACUGGCAUUUAUGAUGGUACAUCAAAAAAGGGAAAAGAAUGUGCGAUCUGUAUGUGUGACUUUAAUGUUGGAGAGAACCUUCGGAUUUUACCGUGCAUGCAUUCUUACCACAAGGAAUGCAUUGACGACUGGAUGAUGAGAUCUUUUACCUGCCCCUCCUGCAUGGAACCAGUUGAUGCUGCGUUGUUAACAACAUAUGAAACCAGUUAAUCAGCUCAAGUAAUUAGUGUGAUCUCUACAUGUGUAUGCCAACAUCAGAGGCAAACAAUACACUGGAUAUGUCAUGAUGCUAUCGGCAGACAAUCAUUCUGGCUGUCUUGAUCAGUUUGACUUCAAAUGAGUCUCACCCCAGUAUGAUAUUUAGCGUAAAAAUGUUUCUUGCUUAUGCAAGAUGCUGUGCUAGAUAGCAAAAACUUACAAAACUGCUUGCAGGAUACUAACAAAUAAACAUUUUUAACCACCUAUUUUAUGUUAAGUGCUUUGAUGCUUGAGCAAUAUUUAUAACAUGUUAGAUAUAUGAAAUUGAUUAUUGUCUCGUACAUGUACAAGCAGGGCAUUUCUUGUUAAACUCAUGCAUACUGAAAUUUCAUAUGAAGCAACAUGAUCUGUUAAAAUACUGCUGGCUACUAUUGUUCAAUUCACACUUUUGUUAUACCUGAACCAUCUGCAGAGAUGGUGAUGUGUUCAUAAUCAUUGACAAUAUGAGAAAGUAAGUCUUAUUGUCUACAAUUGUACUGACAUCUAGACUUAAAAUAUAUUAAUUUUACUAAAAUCUGGUGUUAAAAAUGUGUGGUAUUGGAAACAAAAUGAUUUAUAUAAAAACAAAUUUUAAAAUUAUAUUAUUAUUAUUUUAUGAUACAACAAAAUCAUGAGCAAUUUAUAGGCACACAUAAUUUUGUUAAUAGUCAGUUGAUUACUUAGUGUUGUUUUAGCUUUAAACCAGUUUGGGUGACCAGAAAUCUUGUGACAUUGUCAAAGUUGGGUAUUUGAAAUCCAUCAGCUGUGGAUGAUAUCAUAUAUAUGAGACAUCAUGUGAUUGUAUUUGUAUGCAGAGUUUUUGUAAGCAUGUUAACUUUGAAGAAAUUUGACAAUGUUGUGUUAAAAUUUAUCACAGUAGUAUCAUGUGUGUAGUAUUAAAAUUUGGUUUAAAUUACUUUACCACUCACUGUGUUUGAAAAAAUAUAGGGCUUCACCAUAAUGUCUUUUUUCCCCUACUUUGCUUAAGAUUCAUGAUAUCUAGGAUGGCAAAUUUAAUUUUAAUUGAUGUGAAUUUUCUUUAUUUCCUGGAAAGUAUCAAGAUUGCUUGACAAAUAGCUCCAAACUUUGGUGUAUCAGUUAAAUAACGAAGACCUGUAGUGAAACCAGUUGGGGCAGUAGGGUAUAUUCCUCCAGUGAGGUGUUUCCAAAAUGAUGGCCUUGAUUUUUGUAUUAAAAGAGCCUUUUGGAGCACAAUAAUAGUGUUUGUCAUACACUUGUAUUUCUUUUAAUGAUGUUGAUUGGGUGACUGUAACUUAGUGAAAUUGUGCUAUAUUAGUUUUGUUUUAAAAUUGCUGCGUCUAUAUUGUUAAAUCAACACAAUCGUAGUGUUAUUAUAGUAUAACAUGGUCUAUGGAUUUGCAUUUUGUACAUUAAUUACCCAAAUGAAUGCAAACUGCUUCAAGGUACAAUUUAGAUGCAUGCCGUAAUUACUCAAUGUUUUCGGACACUUAAAAAUAAUAAUUUUUUUUCGUGUCCGAAAACUUAGAUACGAAAAAUAUUCACAAAAUACAGGUGUCCGAAAACUUAGAGUCGAAAAUUGAAGUGUCCGAAAAUAGCGUCAAUUGUAUCAACGACUAUUGGUAAUAGCGCGCGCUUGUAAAAUACCAUGCCGUAUAGUAUAAAUUACAGUUAUAUAUGUUUGCACUGCAUUUUAAAUAAUUUUAAAUGCUUAAUUUAUUUGACAGAAAGUUACUACAAGGUUCUACUUUGACCAACGAGUUUAAAAAUGAGCAUGUGAUGUACCGUCGGUACCGAUACUCACUAGUAAUAGUAGUAUGAACCUGUAAUUAACGCAAUAAAAAAGCAAAAUAUGAAUUCUUUGUUUACUCAUUUCCGACAGUUGUUGUCUAACACCUUCCAUUGUUCUUAAAUUAAUUAUGGACGAAAACUCGUGUGUCUGAAAAUUAAGAGUCAAGAAAAAAAAAAUCCUUAAAAAAGAGUGUCCGAAAACUUGUGGUGUCUGAAAACAUAGAGUAAUUACGGUAGUGCAUUCAUUGAUGACUGUUUUGUGUUAAGAGCAUACUCUAUGCUAAUUCUACUGUCUCAUUACUAUUUGUGCUAUUAGACAAAAUGCUAAACUUGUUUGCCUUGAAAGUCAUACAACAUUGAUUAAGACCCUGAAAUUUGUUGUCUUUUUAUGUCCCCCACUAUAGUAGUGGGGGACAUAUUGUUUUUGCCCUGUCUGUUGGUUGGUCUGUUGGUUGGUUGGUUGGUCUGUUUGCGCCAACUUUAACAUUUUGCAAUAACUUUUGCUAUAUUGAAUAUAGCAACUUGAUAUUUGGCAUGCAUGUGUAUCUCAUGGAGCUGCACAUUUUGAGUGGUGAAAGGUCAAGGUCAUCCUUCAAGGUCAGAGGUCAAAUAUAUGUGGCCAAAAUCGCUCAUUUUAUGAAAACUUUUGCAAUAUUGAAGAUAGCAACUUGAUAUUUGGCAUGCAUGUGUAUCUCAUGGAGCUGCACAUUUUGAGUGGUGAAAGGUCAAGGUCAUCCUUCAAGGUCAGAGGUCAAAUAUAUGUGGCCCGAAUCGCUUAUUUUAUGAAUACUUUUGCAAUCUUGAAGAUAGCAACUUGAUAUUGGGCAUGUAUGUGUAUCUCAUGGAGCUGCACAUUUUGAGUGGUGAAAGGUCAAGGUCAUCCUUCAAGGUCAGAGGUCAAUUAUAUGUGGCCCAAAUCGCUUAUUUUAUGAAUACUUUUGCAAUAUUGAAGAUAGCAACUUCAUAUUUGGCAAGCAUGUGUAUCUCAUGGAGCUGCACAUUUUGAGUGGUGAAAGGUCAAGGUCGAGGUCAUCCUUCAAGGUCAAAUAUAUGGGUCAAAAUUGCUCAUGUAAUGUCACUUCUGCAAUAUUGAAGCUAGCAAUUUUAUAUUUGAAAUGCAUGUGUAUCUCAUGGAGCUGCACAUUUUGAGUGGUGAAGGGUCAAGGUCAUCCUUCAAGGUCAAACGUCAUAUAGGGGGACAUUGUGUUUCACAAACGCAUCUUGUUUGUAAUAAUAUGCAGAUAGUAUUUUAGAAUUGACAGUGUUUGAAAUGUAACUCUUGUAAACAUUUGAAAGGAUUGUCAAAAUAAGUUUUUUGAGCAAACUUCUUCUUGACUUCUCAAGCAAUUGACAUGAAAACUGUAGUACGUCAUCUCUGUCAAGUGUAGAAACCACUUUCUUGCAUAAUUAUCACCUGAUUUCUAAGUUGUAUUCCCUUCAACCUAGCCAUGUGACAAAGUAUAUUUAUUCAUAUUUGUGACAUUUAGUUAAAGUAAUUGUUUUUAUUUUCUAAAUAAAUAGUGCCGUUGUCAUAACUAUACUCACAAGAAACUUUACUUGUUACAUUGGUGUUGUUGUUUAAUGAAGAAGUUUACAAUAUGCACUUUUUAAUAUGUCUGUUUUUCCUUUGUUUUAUGUUACUAUUUUCUAAAGGUUGUAAAUUGUUGAACAGAAAUUGUACUGUAGAUUUGCCUGAUGUUACAAAAACUGUGCCUGGAUUUAUCACUGAAAUGAUAUGCUGUUGAUGUUGUUGAAUUGUCUAGUCACAAUGAAAGUUGUUGUUGAUAUUUUUAAAAGUAAGUACAGAACAAAGAAAAGCUGCCUGUUCUAAUAAUUUAAAUUGUUUUGUGUGUUAACAUAAAUAAGUAUAUACAAUUUGAACUUUGUUUUUAUAUUCUGAAUCAAAAGUUAUAUGUGAAGUGCCCUGCAACACUGUCAAAGUUAUUUGUGUUAUGUUCAUUUUUUAAAAUAUUGGAUUUCGGUAAUGUUCUUAAGACAUCUCAUUUAUUCAUUUUACGCAAAUAAAUUUCUAUAUUUUCUUUUAAAAUCAUCAUUUUCGUCCUUCGUUUUAAGCCUAUUCGUAUGAGAAUUGUUGAGGGAAAUUCGUUUUUGAAAGUUCCGACCAAGUCAAACUUAAGAGACAUGUGAGUCCUCUAUCAUAGAAUAAUAAAACCUUUUCUUUUUAACUAUAAUCGUCACUAACGCCUCAAGGUACUGAUAUUAGCAAUGAUAGGGGAAAAACCCACACACUUUUACCUGAAAAUAAGUGACUGUACUACCCAAAAUAUUUUCUAUGUUAGGAAUCUCACAUGCUAAGUUCUUUGCCAUUAUGGAAAAAUAACUCAGUACAGUUUAUGCAUAUAUGGUAUUUGUUGUAGUCCAUCAUCAUUUUUAACACAUUUUAUUAGAUGGCAGAUGAUGAAUCAAGAUGUAGCACCAGCAAUAUGAUAAUCAGUUUUUUGUUUAAAAACAUUUGUUAAUAGUCCACAAGGAAUGAAACAUCUCUGUGAAAAUUGUAAUGAUAUAAGCUUGUUAUUUUGAAUCCUUACUGAUAAGUUUAAUAAUGUAUGGAAUGUAUCAAGAUUCUGAUAUUAGGUGGUCAAAUUUGGGUAAUACUACCACGGUACAUGUAGUUGUACUUCGGCUAUAGGUAUAUCAGUUUUAUUGCGACUUGACAUGUAUUAAUAGCACUGAAGUUUGGUUAACUGGCAGUUCUGCUCUUAUCCAUCACUUCACACUUGAUAUUUUAUGUGUGAAAGAUAGCCAUAAAAUGUUCCAUGAUUAAAAAUUAUAGGAGCAGCUUUAAAGUAGAGACACCAUGGCCCACACCACUGUUAUGUUAGUAUGUAAUUGUGGUUUACUUUUUAAACGUACUAAACUUAAAAGUAUCAUUUCAACUGGAAUGAAACAUGUGCUGUAAAGUUGCACUUUAUGCAUUUUAAUUCAUGUUGUUGCAAAAAGAAAAAUGCCUGUGUUAUUUAAUAUAAUAACACAUGAAAACUGUCUGGUUGGUUUGCUAGGGCUUUACCUUGUCUCCAACUUUUUUAAAUUAAGAAAAUUCAUUGUAAACAAGAUAGUUGUUCAUUUUGUGAAAUGAGUACUUGUAUUCAGUACAUUAUCAUAUCAUACACCCGUCCUACAUCCUAUACACCAAAUAAUCUAACAUCACUUCCAUAUUGUGCAUGAUCUUUUAUUUCAUGAAUAGUUUGUGUUCUGCUGUAUUGUAUUGCUAUUUGACGAGCUUUUAUAUGAUUGCAUGAUUUUAUGCUUGUACCUCUGUUGUUAUUAUUAUUAUUAUUUUUAUGUUAAUCUGGAAUAGAAGACCAUUGUUUGCUAUCUAUAUCUAAAUGUAAACAGAUAAUGGUUAUAAAUGUUUAAAAGAAAUUGAUCAGUAAUUCAUAAUAAUAUUUUUGUUUGAAAAGCCAAGUAUUUUUUUGGUUGUAAAGGAAGAUUGCUUUCAUGGCCAUAUACAUAUACUGAAUACUACCUGCUUAGAAAAGUUCCUCAGUCUCACAUGAGCAUCUUAUUUAUAUGGAAGUCUGUAAAUUUGAAAAUUCUCUUGACUAAAAUCUUUAAUGUAAAUGAGCCUAAUUGAUUUUGUUUCUUAGUUAGGUUUAAGGUGUUGUUUUUCUUGGGUAAUUUAUUGUUGUUGCUUUGUUUUUGUUUUGUUUUUUUAUACACCAAAAUGUACAUAGUUAAGUAAACUUACAUUAUUUUGUGUGAGCCUAUGGAUAAAUGGUCAAUCACCACCAUUCACGACAGUUCUGUUGGCAGCAGAAUGGUGCAUUUGGAUGACCUGUAUAUCUUGAGGUUUAAACUGGAAACUGUUUUAUCUGCCAAACAUAUCUUCAGUCGAUACAAAAGUAAUGUUUUAUCCUUAAAUUAAUCUUGCAUAAAUAUGAAAGGAAUGUCCUUAAGACUGUUUCUUCCAAAUAACACCUCUGAAAGUCUUGCGUGUCGUCUUUUUUGUAGACUGUCAAUCCAAUGUUGCCAUUUCUACCAUGCUGGCCUAACAUUUGACAUGUUUGUGUGCAAUGAAUAGAAUUGAUGAUAGUUGUUACUGCUUGUGAUUGUGUGUAUAAACUUUUAAAUAUUCUUUUAUCAAAAUAAAAUGUUACAAAUA